AUGAUGAGUGAUCAUAAUAAAGUUACUAAGGAAACCAAAAUCAGUAAACGUCCAAGAGUUGUAUUGGCAUGUAAUAGAUGUCGACAACGUAAAACUAAAUGUGACGGACAACAACCUUCUUGUGCAACUUGUUCCAAACGUAAUGUUGAAUGUGUUUAUGGUUCAAAAUAUACAAGAGCUCAUGUCACUGUUGAGUAUGUAAGAGAAUUAGAAGAGAAGUUGGGAAUAUUCCCCAAGACAAGUGCAGUACCACUAUCUCAUAAUUCACCAAGUAUAAGUAAUAUGGUAACAUCCGAUAGUGAUAGUUAUUCAAUGCAACGUACCCCAAGUGUUCAUUUACCCCAGCCACCAGAAAUACCCCGGGCUCAACCAAUCUCAUAUCCACUUCACCAACAAGCACAACAACAAACACAUCACCAUAGCGGAUCAAUUGCUAGUAAUGGAAGCAAUGGCAAUAUGCCCCAUGAUAACACUGACCAUACAGCCACAUCAUUAACCCCAUCAAAUUCAAUCAACUCCACAUCUAGUGCACUUAGACGUAAUAACGAUUCCACUGAUGCCAUGGGAGCAGGAGCAAUGAUGAAACAAAAGCGAGGCAAAGAUCGGGAUUAUUAUGGAUCAUCAGCUGCUAUUUCUUUCAUGAAAGAUUUAUCCAAUAUAAUCGAUGGACCAGUCAAAUCAGAUACUUCUACAACUGAUGAUGAUGAAUUAGAUAGAGGUAAUGGACAAUAUAAGAUGUCGAGAACUGAAGCGAUGUCAUCGAAACGGAUUUCCGAAUUGGUGUUGCCUCCUAGAGCAUAUGCUGAUACUUAUGUGAAGAAUUAUUUCGAGUUUGCAUAUACUUUAUAUCCAUUUGUGCAUAAGCCGACUUUCAUGGCUACUUAUGAAACCUUAUGGACUGGCAAUAAGAAUGUUGAUGAUGAUGCUGCUGAGAUUGAUGAAUUGUUUUAUUCGAUUGUGAAUAUAAUCUUUGCAUUUGGAUGUCAAUUAGCUCCCGAAUCUCAAAAGCUUGAAGAUAAUUCCGAAUUAUAUUUCGAAAGAUCACAACAAGCCCUUAGGUUUCAUUUAAUGGAUAGUGGGUCGGUGCUAUUGGUUCAAGCAUUGUUAUUGACUGGUCAGUUCUUACAAGCGAGUGCCGGUCUGGCUGGAUGUUGGAAUAUUGUCGGCUUGGCAAUUAGGAUUGCACAAGGGUUGGGAUUACAUCUGAAUCAAAACUAUGCCAGUACUAGAAGUCUCAUUGAUCGAGAGAUUAGGAAAAGAUUAUGGCAGGGGUGUUUGUUGAUGGAUAGGAUAGUGUCAAUGACAAUGGGGAGACCAUUGAUGGUAACUUAUGAGUUAGAACAAGGUGAAGUGCCACUCUGUGUCGAUGAUGAAUAUAUUAGAGAUGAAGCAAUCUUGCCUAUGAAUAAACCAUCUCAAUUAGGUUUCUUCACCCAGACUAUUAAAUUGUAUAAUAUCUUAGCUGAUAUUUUAAAGUCGGUGUAUAUCAACGAUGAACCCGAUGAUAAUCCUCAAUUAUUGCUGAAUGUAUUCAAAUAUGAAGAUAGAUUAAAUGAAUUCACCGCUAAUUUACCCAGUCAUAUACAAUUUAGUUCCGAUUUACAAAAAAUGAUGCCAUUUGAAAGACAAAGCAUCGUUCUCCAUAUCCGAGUCCUCCACCUCAAAAUCAUGCUUUAUCGUCCCGCAUUAUUUCCUAAAGCAUCAUCAUCACCAUCAUCACAGAGGAAGCUUCUCGAAGGCAAAACCUCCGAAUUAUAUUCCUCCACCCAAAGAUCAAUCGCAUUAUUAUGCAUCAAUCUCGCCAUGGAACUAAUCAAUGUCAUUUCCAAAUAUCGUGCUGGGGAUAUAGUAUACUUACCUGCUCAUUGGUAUAAUGUAUUCUAUGUCUAUACUGCCAGUACAAUCCUCCUAGCUGCGAAAUUACAGGUCACAUUACAUAAAGAUAUCGAUAUGGCACAGUUUGAACGUACUUGGAAUCUCGGAUUGGAGAUAUUACGGUCAUACACACAACAAUCAGAAUCAGCUUGUCGUUGUUUGAAAGUGUUAGAAAUGAUGGGGAAUAAAGUAAACAUCUCGUCCCAAAGAUUGGCUACUCAGGUGAAUACUCCAGUUGCAAUGCAUGGUCAUAAUGAUAAUAAUGGUGGGAUUGAUCAAGGGAGAUUAAAUCCAAGUUCUUCGAUAUUUCCUUUCCAGCCGGAUUAUAGCCCAAGUUCGACUUCGUCGGAGGUGCCUACAGAUGUGUUGUAUUCUUUGCUUUAUGAUACUGCUGGGCCAUUUGGUGGUCCAUUUCAUUAUAACGAUGAAACUAAUGCUUUUAAUUUACGAUAG